AUGUCGUCUGUAGAUGAUAAAGAGAGUGGGAAAGAGACUGAUCUAGAGAUUGCUAAAGAGAGUGAGAAAGAUGGUGGUAAGGAAAUCGGUGAAGAGGCUGCUAAGGGGACCAAUGAGGAGGGUUCUCAGGAGUCGCAUGGUGAUUGGCUUAAUGAAAAAUAUGAGGAUUGGGCCAAGGAUCCUGAUGAAGAGGGGGACAAAGYGACUGAUCAGAAGAGUCUUAAGGAGCGUGAUAAGAAGCGUGUUAAGAAGGUGGCGUAUCCCGGUAGAAAGUUUCCUCUUGGAAAAGAACCUGCACAAGAGAYAAGUAUGAAUCGCUACUYUGAUAUGACAAACCUUGGUAGGCUUCAUGAAUCUUUAGGGGAUGAUGUCUGGAGCUAUUUGUUAAAUUCAUCAGUGGGUGUGAUUCUUAAGUUUGUUGACAAAGAAUUCACAUGGUCGGCGAAGAUAGUGCAUGAUAUGCUCACCC